AUGACUAGAGGGGUUCGAAGCGAGCAGGAGAGUGUGCAGGUUGUGAGCGCAGUGGCACUCGCAGUUUUCUCUAUUGAAGCACCGCACACGCACAUGCGAAUGCAGUUAUUUACAAACUCCGAGUUGGAGACCCUGAUCUUGGCUGGUCGGAGCAGCCGCUUUACAUCUGUCACGCCUGAGAUGAUGUGUUCAGAAGAGCGUGAUGAUGUUCCAUGGGUCCAUGACAUAUUGCGAACCACCAACGUCAUAGAGCUCGCUUCUAAAACGGGCAAUAAGGAAGGUGUGCGCCGGGAGUGCGCAGGUAUCGAUGGAUUCUGUCAGAUACACCCGGGCGACAUACGUAACAGUGAGGGUAUUGCGCUAAGCUCCAUGACAAUCAAGAGGGGGGAGUUUAAUGAAUUCUUGGUAGACCUCCACUUUCAAGGAAGUGGCGGGUUUGUUGCUCCAAAAACGCGGCCCUCGCCAGCCCACAAAAGCGCGGAGUUCUUCUCAGAUGUAUCCGAUGACUUCUCUCGAAGUGCCUCUCAGGCAGCGGCUGGCAUCUCUCGUGUUUCGAAUCAUGUCAAAAAAUAUUUUUCCUGGGGGAAACAAAGGAAGUAA